GUAAUCGCAUCAGGCACAUUCCAAUAAUUGAUGACAAAGGGAAUGUUUGACAUGAUUUUCACCGGAGAUGUUUUCCGUGCAGUGAUGAGCGAACCCAAGGAGGAGUUUAGAUGCUUAUAUUCCAAUAACCGUCUGAUGCGUUGAAAGACGCGAGAAGAAAGAAAUGGAUCGGGAGAUGUACAGGCGUCGUUCUAUGGUAAUUCGCUUUCGAUGAUUGUGUUUGUAUUUGUAGAAGAAACAGAGGAAUGGACUUGCAAAUCAAGGUCGCGCAGGCUGUUCAUGUGCUGAAUCACGACAAGGAAUCUUGCAACCGUGUGGCCGCGAAUCAAUGGCUGGUUCAGUUUCAGCAGACAGAUGCUGCUUGGGAUGUGGCUAUUUCUAUACUCACUUCCGAUCAUCAGUUCCUUGCCUCCGAUUUCGAGGUGGAAUUCUUUGCUGCCCAGAUUCUCAAACGCAAGAUCCAAAAUGAAGGAUGUUAUUUGCCAUCUGGAGUUAAAGAUGCUCUGUUAAAUGCUUUGCUUUUGGCUGCAAAAAGAUUCAGCUCAGGCCCUCCCCAGCUUUUAACCCAAAUAUGUCUUGCUCUCUCCGCGCUCAUGCUUCGCGCAGUUGAGCAUGGAAAACCUAUUGAGAAGCUUUUUUACAGUCUCUGGAACCUGCAAAAUCAGGAUCAUGGCAAUAUUGCAGUGAUGGAAAUGCUAACUGUCUUGCCAGAAGAAGUUGUUGACACACAAGCUAGUGAUUCCAGAAUAAGUUCUGUUCUAAGAAAUCAGUAUGGACAGGAGCUACUUCUGCAGACUCCAAUUGUUCUGGAGUUCCUACUGCAGCAGUCUGAGAAACAGGUUGAUAGCAGUGCUCAAUUACAUGAAAGGAACAGAAAGAUUUUGCGAUGCUUAUUGAGUUGGGUCCGGGCUGGGUGUUUCUCAGAGAUUCCUCAAGGCUCACUUCCUGCACAUCCACUUCUUAAUUUCAUAUUCAAUUCUUUGCAGGUUUCUUCUUCAUUUGACCUGGCCAUUGAAGUUCUUGUUGAACUUGUGAGCAGACAUGAGGGGCUACCUCAGGUUUUAUUAUGCCGAGUACAUUUCCUUAAAGAAGCACUCCUAUUGCCAGCUCUUGCAAAUGGAGAAGAAAAAGUAAUUGCUGGUGUUUCAUGUCUGAUGUCAGAACUUGGGCAGGCUGUACAAACUUUUUCUUUUAAGUUCAUAUUUCUUGAUGUCUAACUUCUUAGUUAUGGUGGCAGCUGUAUAACAUUUCCAAGUGAAGACUGGGAGAUUGCAGACUCAACUUUGCAAUUUUGGUCUGGUCUUGCAGGCUACUUACUUGGCCUUGAAAAAAGUAAGAAACAUGUGGAAGACAUAUUUUUUACUCUGUUCUCUACGUUACUCGAUGCUCUCUUAUUGCGUGCACAGGUGGAUGACUCUACUUUAAGUGAUGAAAGUGCGGCACUUGACCUGCCCGAUGGUCUUGUGCAUUUUAGGAUGAAUCUUGUUGAAGUUUUGGUAGAUAUUUGUCAGCUUUUACGGCCUGCUACAUUUAUUCAGAAGGUUUGCUUUGGUGGUUGGGCUUAUCCAUAUGCAUCAACACCUUGGAAGGAGGUGGAAACAAAGUUGUUUGCUCUUAAUGUAGUUUCUGAAGUAGUCCUUCAAGAUGCGCAAACCUUGGAUUUCUCAAUGAUUAUGCAGUUGGUCACAAUGUUGUCAACUAGACCUUCCAAUGAGCUUAAGGGAUUGAUGUGUGUUGUACACAGAUCACUUGCAGAUGUUAUUGGUUCCUAUUCCAAGUUGAUUUCUGCUUUUCAAAGUAAUGCUAGGUCGAUACUGCGGCACACCCAAAUAUUUGCUGGACCAGAUGACACUUCUUUGGAGAAAAUGUCUUUACCUCUUGAAGAUGAGGAAGAAGUUGUUAGUGCCAUCAAUAUGAUUCUUGGCUCUAUCUCUAACAAAGAACUAAAAAGCAACUUAUUGGCUCGAUUGCUUUCUUCUAGCUAUGAAGCUAUUGGAAAACUUAUUGAUGAUGACAAUGACCAUUCUUCCAGAGCGAAUCUAGCUACCUACAUGCAAAUUUUAAGCUCAGCAACAAGAGGGCUGUAUAGGAUGGGAACUGUCUUCAGUCAUCUUGCAACAAGUUCGCCUGCUGGAUCUGCUUCAGAUGAUCCAAUUCUCGCUCUGCUGACUGUUUUUUGGCCCAUGUUAGAGAAACUUUUUAAGUCUAAACACAUGGAGAGUGGUAGUUUAUCUGCUGCAGCUUGCCGGGCUCUCUCACUUGCAGUUCAAUCAUCAGGUCAACAUUUUGUCACGCUACUGCCUAAUGUAUUAGACUGCCUAUCAACAAAUUUUUUGUCAUUCCAAAACCAUGAAUGCUACAUCCGAACAGCUUCCAUUAUUGUUGAAGAAUUUUGUCAAAAGGAGGAGUACGGGCCUUUGUUUGUUACCACUUUUGAGAGAUUUACCCAAGCAUCAUCAGUCAUGGGCCUUAAUUCUUCAUAUAUAUGUGACCAAGAGCCUGAUCUAGUGGAGGCCUAUACAAAUUUUGCAUCGACGUUCAUCCGUGGCUCUCGUAAGGAAGUAUUGGCUGCAUCAGGUGCCCUUCUUGAAGUUUCCUUUCAAAAGGCAGCUAUUUGUUGCACAGCAAUGCACCGUGGAGCAGCACUUGCAGCAAUGUCUUAUUUGUCUUGUUUCUUGGAGGUAGGACUAGCCUCUUUAUUGGAAUCUAUGACUUGUAUUUCGGAAGGAUCAUUCAGUGACAUGGCAAUUCAGGUCGUAUCACGUAGUGGAGAGGGGCUUCUAUCCAAUGUGGUGUAUGCUUUACUGGGUGUUUCUGCAAUGUCCCGGGUUCACAAGUGUGCAACAAUUUUGCAACAAUUAGCUGCUCUUUGCAGUUUAAGUGAGAGAACAACCUGGAAGGGCAUCCUUUGUUGGGAAUCUUUGCAUGGAUGGCUACGUUUAGCGGUGCAGGGCCUCCCAGUUGAGUAUCUAAAACAGGGAGAGGCAGACACUAUGUUGCCAGUUUGGUUGGAGGCUCUUGGUGGUGCGGCCUCAGACUACCUUGAAAGCAAGUGUUGCAAUGGAGGAAAUAAUAACUAUGGGCAUAUGCAAGGAAAAGGGGGAAGAGUACUGAAGCGUUUAGUUCGAGAAUUUGCUGAUGGUCACCAGAACAUGCCAAAUUUAACUUGACCGCAACCUGAGAUUUAGUUGGCAUCGACAUCUAGUCUGCAGCUUCAAGCGCUAUUCAAGGUUUUUGUCUCAUUGCGAGUGUAAGGCAUUCUUUUAUGCAUGGUCAAUUUUGAGGUGUGCCACUGGAUCAAUAUCUCCAGGUGCCUACAUCCUCUUUCUCUUUGUACAGUCUUGUUCCCAAUUUUGUGGUACUGCGAAGAAAGAGGUCAGGUUCUCUCUCACACUCUCUUCUUCUCACUGUUAGUGCACAUGAUAACUGCAAGAAGUAGAUAAGCAAUUACAAAAUUUUGGACCGGAAAGCGAUAAAACCUCCCCAAUCAAUAGACUAACAACUUGAGGACACAUUGCCUGGACAUGAGCAGGUGCUAAUGUUUGUUGCAGCAGUAGCAUCAGCAGCUUCUAAAGAGUAUAGUGAAGUUAUUGCUGCCUCAUAUCUGUAGAGUUAUAUUUAGCAUAUUUAAUAGCUGGAUUUUGUUGCUUACUCUUGCACAAAGGUUUUUUUGUGUAGGACUUGGAACUUCCAUUUAUCAUUCAAUUAAUGGAAUUGCCUUGGAACUUGCCAUUGUUGUAACAGAUUAUUUUCUAUUGUUCUAAUAA